AUAACCAGGAACCUGGGGAAGUGAAAGUCUUUUUGGAGGUAAACUACAGCCCUGUGUUCCAUGUCUUCUAUGAGGCAUUCAUCACAUUCGAGGGAAAUCUACGGCAGAAGGGAACUUUUGCUGUACAACGAAGUCACAGGGAAGACCUAGAAUGUUCACUGUAUGUGCUUGAUCGUCUCCUGUGUAUCCUUCCUGAACUUUUUGAGCGAAGAUGGCAGUGCAAUGCACUUACACAUAUAUUCAAAAAAAUCCUUCACCCUGGCAACACGGUGCGGUUACGGAGGGAGGCAAUGAGGUUGUUCAUUCUGUGGUACAUGAUCGUCGGGGAGGCAAAGACCCCAGAGAUGGACCGCAUGUUUGCCUCCCUUGUCCCAGGGUUCCCUAUCCCCCCUCCUGCUGCCAUGCCACCAGAUUUGGGUUGUGGGGGAAUCACCUGCGUGGAGCCCUCACCAGUCAUCCAACCUUCCAACACUGAGAAGACCCCCGAUGAUCUUACUUCGUACUUCCUCAGGUCGCUCAUGGAUUUUAUGGUCUCGCAGGUCCGGAGGAUUGAGUGGCGAGAUCGCACACAACACACCAAAUCUUUUUCAUACCUGUUUGCAAUGUUUCGUGCCUGGUAUAUGCCACACAUUUUCCCCAGUUUCAAUCCUGAAAAUACACUCUAUAAACCUAACCUGGAACUACCUGAACUGAGGGGCAGUCCUGGUGUGAGUCCUUACGGCACAUGUCAGGUGGCAGUUGUGGAGUGGGUGCGGAAAUUUGUCAUAGCUACCUCACAGCGGAGUGGACAAUCGCUAUCGUCUGUUAGUGAGGAUGAUGGACGUCGCUCUGGCCACGGAGAUGCACCGGAGGGAAGUACCAGUGACCAGGAUUCAGUCACAUCAGCAUUUUACGUCAGUGAUGAAGGAGGUUCAGGAGAGGAUGGGAUUAUGGUGCGUGACAUUCUCUUCUCCUCUCGUGAGAAUAUCAACUUCAUCCAUGAACUCUUUCGCCAAGCACUGUGUCUUAGUUUCCGUUAUGCAGGGGUCAUGAAAACUGUAAUAUUUUCCUACAAAGACUGGAUACAGAUGAAUACCCCAGAAAUGCCCCCCUUCAUGUUGGAGCCUUUGGAAGGAGGUACAAGCCCAAGGGAUGAUGCAGCAGGGCCUAUGGAAAACAAUAGCCAGAGACGCCUGCGCAAUGAAUCUUACCUUGGGGCUGUCAACAAAGAGAUUCAUAUUCGAGCUGGCCUUCAGAAUGUUUUGCAAGUUUUCAUCACAAGUGCAGCCAACGUGUUCCUCUUAGAGGUGUCUCCCGACUACCCACGUCUCUUGGAUGAACAGGUUGAGGUUUGCAAACACGUGCUCAAUAUUUACCGAUACAUGGUCAUGAACACUCGCAUGGAACAGAAAACAUGGGAGCAACUACUGGUGGUGCUACUUCACAUUACCUCCCAGACUCUUUGCGGUCGACCUGCCACCCACAAGGAGGACUCUCUGGGUGGGAGGUUUGCCUCAGCACUGUUUCAGACCCUUAUUGUUUCCUGGAUUAAGGCCAACCUGAGUGUGGUAAUCUCGGGCGAUCUGUGGGACCAGCUCCUCCUCACCCUUUCUUCCCUUACCCACUGGGAUGAGCUGGUUAAGGAGUGGGCUAAAACAUUAGACACACUAACUAGGGUGCUUGCCCGCCAUGUGUACGGCUUGGAGCUCAAUAACCUCCCUCUGGAGCGAGUGACAGAGCGCCGGAUGAUAAAGCGAGGCACCAAGUUAACAGGAUUAGAUUCUGUACGAAGCAGUUUUGCUCGAAGCUGGAGUAGUGUACGCAUGGAACGCCAAGUUAGUGCUGCGGAAGGACAUACCAGUGCAGCUCCCACACUCUCUCACCUGCAGGAGGAAGCCCAUGCAGACCAUUCUGCUUCACAUAGUGGAAGCGAACGCAGCCCAUUCAGCCGAAAGAGAAGGAGUAGUUCUGGGGGAGGAUCUCUCAAAGCUGGAGCGGGUGGUAGCGGUGGCAGCCCCAAACUCUCUCCUCACCAUCCCUCGAGCGAUCACUCUCACCAUCACCACCAUCACGAUCACCAUCCCCAUCCUCACCAUCACCACCAUGGGCUAGCCAGGAGGCUGACACGCUCCCUUUCAGAGUCCAACCUGUUCGUCAGGAGGAGGUCAGGCAGAGGUCGGUCGCACGGAGACUGUGACGGCCACAUGACCAGCCAUGGAUUCCUGCACGGCACCAGAUCCAAAUCACUAGAGACGCUCUCGCAUGGCUAUGGUGACGAUGACUCUCGAACACCUUCCCCGUCACCUUCGUCUGGGGUGGAGUCGUCUUCAAUGAAGGACUCACCGAUGCAGAUUGAAUUGGGAGGAGACACUGCCAGUAUAGAUACACUGGAAGGAGGCUUGUCGUCGGAACAGCGCUCUGUCAUGUCAGGCGGGACGGUUCGAGGUUGGCUUCCAGAUGUUGCAGUUGUUUUGUGGAGAAGAGUGCUGGGUCUCCUUGGUGACCCUAAUGAUGUUGCGUCUCCACUCAUUCAUGCACAGAUAUUCAAAUACCUCUCAGAACUUACUGAUACUUUGGUCAAGUUACGAAAUAAUCAAAGCAUUUCAGUUGACAACCAAAGCAGCCCAGAGCCUCCAGAACUAAUACCUCCAAUUUUGCUAGUCGCCCCUUGGUGCUUCAGGGCUUUAACACUGCCACCUCCUUUUCAUCGAGGCAAAACACUAGCCUACCGGUUGUUGUGUGUGAUGAUGGUACGCAAGCAUGAUAUCCCACCACCAAAAGACAUUCUUACACAUUUUUAUAGAGUUCUUCACCAAGGUUUAGUUGGUCAAGAUCAGGAAAUAAUCAACACAUUAGUAGCAGAGUGUGGCCCACACUUCUUCUCCCUGGGACUGCCAGGUGCUACGAUGCUCACCCUGGAUUUCAUUUUUGCUACUAACACUGUCAUAACUGCUCCUGAUUCCAAAGUUCAGUCACCGCGUCUAGAGGCCUUAAGUCUCCUUGGAUCUUUGCUGCCGCUCUCAUCGCUUUACCCGUCCAUGCCAGUCCUUCAGCCUUCUGCCACGGAUCUUGCUCUUAUGAACUGCUCAGAUGUUAAGGAUCACUUGGUGAACGUGUUACUGAAAAGCGGGAAGAAGGACAGCUGGUGGCGCACCAGGUCGCUGGCCUUGUGCACGCUUGCCCUUUACCUCUACCAUGAGCUGGCCAAUCAGACUUUCCACACAAAGGUCAACGAGGCUAUAAAUGUCCUCCUUGCGUCCUUGAAGCAAGCAGUACCUUCAACGCACCCAACUAAGCAUCUGGCCCAGAGUGCUGAGAUUGGACGCUUGGUGGGUCAGAUAGCAGCUGACCUACUCCUGCUCAUGUGCGACCAUGCAGAAGCUCUCCUCACACAUUAUCCAGAUGUACCAGUUAGAAUUAUUCAGGUACUCUGUCAGACACUAGGAGCUAUCGGAACAGACAACAGCCUCACAGUCAGUACCGAUGGGAAACACCUUGUGCUUUCUUGCCUCUUUUGCCUGGCCGAGUGGGUCAUGCGCAUGCCUCAACAAGUACUUAUUCAACCUAUGCAAGACAAACAGACUCUACUUCAACAUGUAUUCAAGGUGCUUCACAUUAUUACCAGUGGCAAAAAGAGCAAUCAUAUAAAAUCACCCAACAUUGAAAUUGUGGAUUUUGAAAGCCAUGUUCGGGAAGAUUUGGGCAGGAGUGGGAGCGUGGAUUCUUCAACCUGGGGAGACUCCCUCAAGAGGUCUUCCUUCCCUGCCUCUUGCACUUCUACCAUAAAACUAGCUGCAAGAUCGAUCACAAGUCACAUCAUGAACCAUUUAUGGCAUUUCCCCCUGGGUGUGGGAGCACAACGCCUUUCCUCAUUGGUGGUUGAAGGAGAUGAUGUCCCUGGCCUUUCUGGAGAUGAAUUGUCAUCUGAGGUUUUCCUGUCGCCGCACAUUCAGCUCUUUGCCCUCAAUCAAUCAUGCUUGUUGUCUCUGGUACAACUUCCAGCACUUCAGGUUCCAGGAGGGGCUGCCACUGCAGGAUUUAAGACACCAAAUUCAGAGGUGAGACUCAUCCUGAGGGAUCUCUCUGGAAAGUUCUCAUGGGACGCUACCCUUCUUUAUGCCCCACCAAGUGAGUGCAUAGCUGACCCAGCCAUUCAUGUCCACCACCAGCAGAUGAAGCAGUCGCAGCAGUUACAAGCACAAGCACAGCAGCAACCAAGCAUGUCUCCUGGGGCUACACCUGGAGCCCCUCCACCACUUCCUGGUUACACAGGUUUAGGGGUUCAGUUCAGUUCGGCAAGCAGCUUGGAGCACCACACUGACAGCCGCGAUGAUAUCAUGUCUUCCUCAUUUGUCGUGACAUCCCCCCCAAGGCACACCCUCAGGCACCGACCACCAGGGGUUUUGCCGACACACGAAGAUUCUGCUGAGGACCUGGACAACUUGGAUGAUCUGUUGAACUAUGUGGGUCACACAAGCCCAGAAGUGCUGGAGCAGUUUGGCCAUGCACUGAAUGAAGCUGUAGGCCCUCCUCCAACACUUCCCAUCGAGUCUCAGCACGAUGCUAUUUCAACCAUCCUCAACCAGCGUAAUGUGGAGAACGAGUUCUUCUGCAGACACUCUUCAGAUAUGAACAUGGUGUGUCCAGAAGUCCGUUGUCCAACCCCUGUGGAGUCGCGGUCUGUGUUCCAACAAGGGAGGCUUAUCUUCGACCAGUUGGGAUUGGCGUCUUGGGAGAAGCGGAAAUCCAUUCACACGCUGAAGAAGAAUGACAAGUUACUGCGAGAACUGAAGAACUUGGAUAACCAGAAAUGCCGAGAAACCCAUAAACUGGCUGUUAUAUAUGUAGCAGAAGGACAGGAAGACAAAAUGUCCAUCCUUAGUAACAGUGGUGGAUCUGCUGGCUUUGAGGAAUUUGUAGGAGGACUUGGCUGGGAAGUAGAAUUAGCCACGCAUACAGGCUUUAUGGGCGGACUGCAGCGAAACGGCUCAACAGGGGAGACUGCACCAUACUAUGCCACAUCACUAACUGAGGUCAUCUUCCAUGUAUCAACCCGAAUGCCUUCAUACUCUGAGCAAAGCAUGUUGCAAAAGACUCGCCACCUGGGCAAUGAUGAGGUGCACAUCGUUUGGUCAGAGCACACACGCGACUACAGAAGAGGCAUCAUUCCUACAGAAUUUUGCGAUGUGCUUAUUGUGAUCUACCCACUGCCAAACCAACUCUACAGGAUACAGAUUUCAACAAAGCCAGAUGUUCCCUUUUUUGGCCCAUUAUUUGAUGGAGCUAUGGUAGCUCACAAGGUCUUGCCUGGCCUUGUGCGCAGCACAGCCAUCAAUGCUUCAAGAGCCAAACGCAGUAGAUUGGCACUGUACCAGAACUUCUAUGAAGAACGAGCAAGAGCUCUUGACACCAUCAUCGAACAGUAUAGUGAACCCACAACCUUUGAGGCCUUUAUAUCAUCUGUCUACUGCCCAGUCUUCCCCGCGACAUUCACUUCAGGUCCAACUCGCGCCUCAGGGAGCAUGCUGCCCUACAACCCCAGUGAAGAGGACCUAGUGUAACUCAGGCCUUGUAAUCGUACUGGUGCUGUGAGGUUGGUUAUCUCAGGAAGAAAGCUUUUGAUUAGCAUGCAUUAGCUCACCUUUUGGAAAGAGUAGUGAGUUGUUUGUGCAGGGUAAUUUGCACACACUAUUGCUUUCUAUGUAUGGUACUUAGAUGCAGGCAUUUCUGUAGCAGAUGUUUUCAUCAUUUUCUUUUUCUUUAUUACCUCCAUAAUUUUUCCCCCUUAAA